GGCUUUCCGCAGGGACCCGCCUCUCGUGCCGAGCCGAGCCGGCGUGGCUGCCAGGAGGCCGGAGGAGGCCGGAGGAGGCGGAGGAAGCGCGGCCGGAGGGAGGCCCGGGAGCCAUGAACGGCAGCCGCAGCGAGAGCGACUGGCAGGGGCUGGUGGGAGAGUACCUGGUGUGUAAACGGAAACUGGAGAGCAAGAAGGAAGCGCUCCUCAUUCUUUCGAAGGAACUUGAUUCGUGUCAACAGGAAAGAGACCAGUUCAAGCUAAUGGCUAACCAACUACGGGAAAAGCACCAAUCGCUAAAAAAGAAAUACCAAGAACUAAUUGAUGGCGAUCCGUCUCUCCCUCCGGAGAAAAGAAAACAAGCAAAUCUCACCCAGCUUCUGAGUGAUUCCCGGGAUCGAAAUAAACAUUUAGGGGAAGAAAUCAAAGAACUGCAUCAAAGACUGGGAGAAGUGCAGGGAGACAACAAGCUUCUUCGGAUGACGAUUGCCAAGCAAAGACUCGGGGAUGAAGAAGUUGGAGCCCGCCAUUUUGCGCCCCACGAGCGUGAAGAUCUCGUGCAGCAGCUGGAGAAAGCACGAGAACAAAUGGAGACUCUGCAGCUUGACCUUCAAGCGUCGUUGGAUGAGCUCCAGGAUGUGAGAGAAGAACGUUCUUUUUACCAAGAUAAAUCCGAAAAGUUAAACCAAGAGCUCAACCAUGUCCUCGGAGGACACGUUGACCGGAUUAUUGAUAUAGAUGCUCUCUGCAUGGAAAAUAGGUACCUUCACGAGCGAUUAAAACAAGUUCAAGAAGAGGUUAAUAUUCUGAAAUCGAACAUUGUGAAAUACAAGAACGCUCUAGAAAGAAGGAAAAAUACGAAGGGUCACAGCAAAUCAAACAGCAGCGCGCUGACUGGAAUCCUUUCUGCAAAGCAAGUGCAAGAGCUGUUAUCCGAAGAUCAUGGCUGCAGUUUACCGGCAACGCCUCAGUCCAUUUCUGAUCUCAAAUCCUUGGCUACUGCUUUAUUGGAGACCAUCCAUGAGAAAAAUAUGGUCAUCCAGCACCAAAGACAAACCAACAAAAUCUUAGGCAACCGGGUGGCCGAGCUGGAGAAAAAACUGAGAACUUUAGAAGUUUCUGGCUUAUGGAGUCUCCCAGGCCUGAGCUACAAUAUCUCAGUGGGACUCGGGAGCGGCAAGGAUACGAUUACCUUUAGCGAACCGGCUGUUCCUGCAAUCCAGAGGUCACGAUCCCCAUUACGAGCAUUCGUCGAGAAGUCACAGCAGAAGCUAGAAGAAGAUCAACCAAGGCAGCCGCCCAUCCCGUGUCCUGCUAAAAGAGAAUGGAUUCUUCCGGAAGAACCUGUCCUCCUUUCAGACGACAUGCGCGGAAACCCAAAGAGCGGUCCUCAAGCCAACGAUUCCCAUUCAUCCUUGUCCCAGUUGCUGUCAGAAGAAGACGGCACGAGCGGCCUUGAGGAGGACAACGCGAAGCUGGCCGAAGAUCCGUCAACGGUGGAACCGGAGGAUGGAGGAACAGAAGCUCCGACAGACGAACAAGACGGAAGGCCCGCAGAACUGGACAGUUUCGUUGAAGGAGACUCUCCCUUGCCCAACCCUCCCGCCUGGAGUUCCAAAGAAGCGUCCGAGCUCGAGAAGAAACAUCUGGGUGAAAUCCAGACUGUGGAAGAACUGAUGGGCGCCCAGGAAAACAGGGUGGCCUUGUGUAGCUGAAAAACGACCAAAGUCAAUAUAUGGCCAUGCUGGAUGUUACAGAUGCUCCAAAGUUAAUUAAUUCUUUCAUCUCCAGCCUUCUUUUGAGUUACACUCCAAAUGAAACACCUGAAGCUACGAAGGUGGAAGAUUCUUCUUCUUCUUCUUCUUCUUCUUCUUCUUCUUCUUCUUCUUCUUCUUCUUCUUCUUCUUCUUCUUCUUCUUCUUCUUCUUCUCCUUCUCCUUCUCCUUCUCCUCCUUCUUCUUCUCCUUCUCCUCCUUCUUCUUCUCCUCGUCCUCCUCUCCCUCUUUUUUCUUCUCUUCCUCCUCCUCUUCUUCUUCUCCUUCUUCUUCUUCCUCUUCCUCUCCACCUCCUCCUUCCUUUCAUUCUUCUUCUCCUCCUCCUCCUUUUCUCCUCCUUCUUCUCCUCCUCCUGUCCCUCCUCUUCUUUUUCUCCUCCUCCUCCUCUUCUUCUUCUCCUUCUUCUUCUUCUCCUCCUCCUUCUUCUCAUUCUUCUUCUCCUUCUCUUCCUCCUUCUUAUUCUUCUCCUUUUCCUCCUCUUCUCCUCCCCCUCCUCCUCCUUCUUCCUUUUCUUCUCCUCCUCCUCCUCUUCUUCUCCUUCUCCUUCCUCUUCCUUUCCUCUUCCUCCUCCUCCUCCCCCUCCUCCCCCCUCUUGGCGAACUUUUUGACCUUAUUGUCAUGUUCUCCAUCUUGACGCUUUCUCCACUCUGCCUUUUCGUUUCUCAGAUGUGGAUAUUGUUCCUCGCGUCAACACUACAAUGCAUACAGAAUAAAUAAAUAAAGGCAUAAAUACAAUCCUCCUGUAAAUAAUUACAAUAAAGGGAUGGCGUGAGAAUGGCUAAGCUCCUAGAUUCUGUCCUCUUCCAUUUGUUCUUCCGGUGGUGUUAAUCAGAAAGGAGAAUAUUUGUAGCUCAGGGUUGAAAUGAGGGGUCUGAGCUUGUUUUUUUUUUUUUGUUUUCUUCCAGACGUUUCAUUACCAAACCAAGUAACAUUAUCAGUGUACUAGCAGUGCACAUCUGCAAGAAAACAAACCAAGCUCAGAGAAAACCAGGAACCCUGAGGGACAAAUGUUCUUUUUUCCGAUGAACACUAUGGGAGAGAAUGACAAAAAUAAGAAUAGGACUUGGUGUUCCUCCGUUUGUUUAUGUAAUUUCUUUCUCCUUUUUUUUCCCGGUCUCUCUGCAGAAUGUGUAUUUUGUCUCUCUCUCUCUCUCUUUGCAGAAUGCAUAUUUUUGGCAUGCUGUCUGCUUGAAUCAAUAUUAAGAGAUUUAAAUAUCAGGAAGAGGGGGGAUGAAUGUUGGACUCGGUUGAACCGACAGAAUCAGAAACAAUAAAAUACAAAGGCAUCUGCGA